GGGCUCUGGGGGAGGAGCGUUUUUUCCUGCAACAUAAACAGUUUAAACUCUGGGGCUUGACUUAGCUGUUGUCUUUCUGAAAGGUGGAUUUCGGACUGUGCAGAACUCGUAGGGAUAGCUGGACAGACGUGAACACGGAGGGCAGUUGUCCAGUGGCCCCAAGCCGUGUGUGGAGUCUCCCCGCCCCAGGCCUUCGGUCUGGUCUGCAAACGAAACGCGCCAGUUUCCCUCUUCGGGCGAGGAGUCUUUGUGGCUGUUUCCUGCUGCAGCAGCACCCUAGGAUCUCCCUGCGGGCAGGCAGUCGCCUGGCGCUACAGGGGCCCAGCAUGAACAGGACCGACAGGUCGAGAAAUCAAGAGUCCAGCUACUCUGUGGGAAAUAUCCCUGCUCCAGUCCACGGUCCAGCAGAAGAGACCCUGGCCCCACGCAGCCAAGCCUGUAGCAUUUCUGCAGUGCCCAGGAAGGAUGAUACAGAGUUCAGAUACGCGUCUCGCCCAGCCACGCCCCAGUUCGGUGCCACGCUACCCGCACCUGAAGAGGCGAUUGGCACGACUUGCAAAGCUGGGAGCAAAAGACACCUAGAGCAUCGUAUGGCCCCAGAGCGCAGUGGAAGUAGCACUACCGGCUCCAACAGCAGUUCCCAGGCCCAGGCACCAGAAAAAGUCACUCUUGUUGUCGAUGGCACUCGCUUUGUUGUGAAUCCGCAGAUUUUCACUGCUCAUCCCGACACCAUGCUGGGAAGAAUGUUUGGAGCCGGCAGAGACUAUAAUUUCACUCGGCCAAACGAGAAGGGAGAAUUUGAAAUUGCGGAAGGAAUUAGCGCCACUGUAUUUCGCACCGUGCUGGAUUAUUACAAAACUGGAACCAUUAACUGCCCCGAUGGAAUUUCUAUCCCUGAUCUCAGAGACACGUGCGAUUACCUCUGUAUCAACUUUGACUCCAGCACAAUCAAGUGUCAGGACCUAAGUGCUUUGCUGCACGAGCUCUCUAAUGACGGUGCCCACGAGCAGUUUGAUAGCUACCUGGAAGAGCUCAUUCUGCCCAUAAUGGUGGGUAGUGCCAAGAAAGGAGAGCGCGAAUGCCACAUCGUGGUACUAACAGACGAAGACACGGUGGACUGGGACGAAGACCAUCCACCUCCCAUGGGAGAGGAGUACUCGCAGAUUCUUUACAGUUCCAAGCUGUACAGAUUCUUCAAGUACAUUGAGAACCGGGAUGUUGCAAAAACCGUCUUAAAGGAGCGUGGGCUGAAAAACAUUCGAAUCGGCAUCGAAGGUUACCCCACAUGUAAAGAGAAGGUCAAGCGGAGGCCGGGGGGCCGCUCAGAAGUUAUAUACAACUACGUGCAGCGGCCGUUCGUCCAGAUGUCCUGGGAAAAGGAAGAAGGGAAGAGCCGCCACGUUGACUUCCAGUGUGUUAGAAGCAAAUCUCUAACCAACCUGGUGACGGGAGGCGAGGAUGCUUCAGACGACCAGGAACUUCUGCACCACCCACCCCAGGUGGACGAACUCGACAGGUUAAACGCACCAUUCGCACAAAUGGCGCCUAACGAUCUGCCGGAUUAGCGCAGGAAAGGGGUGCACAGCCCCGGCCGCUCCCCCGCGUCUCGGCGCCCUUUCCUCCCAGGACACGAGGCAGCCCUCCCACAAGGCGCCGGUGCCGGGUAGUUGCUCUUGUCAUAGUGUCAGAUUUCAAACAUAUUAACAAUGAGCUACAGUCCCUGCGUCGAGAGGCGCCAUCGCCAGCGACGUCUCUGAGCAGGGAGCGCUGGGAGCUGGUCCUUGCCGGAGGCGUUCGGACAUUGCGGGGGGAGGGGGCUGAAAUGUACCAACACCAGGGAAAGGACAAAGCGUUAAAACCGCCUCAGCAGGAGGGGCAUUCGGCAGCGCUCUUGUGGCUGGACACUGGCCUCUGCUUGUGACAGUCGCUGGGUUACGAAGGGUAGUUUUAUUCUGUCCAACAGGAGCAACGGCGGCGGGGGAGACCCAUUUUAGCAGUUCUGCGUGUGUACACGGCGAGAACAGCUUUGCAAGGGAGUAAGCGUCCAGUCCCUGCUCCUCCUCACCUGAUCUGAACCAAAGGCCCGGUUCAGACAAUACCGGAACAUGCCACCCGUGGCCGUGUUCAACGUAAGGAUGUUAAAUAUCGAUUAAUUGACUAGUCGAUGGAAUUUCCAUCAACUACUCAGCUAGUCCAUAGGCACUUCCGCAUUCCUCCUUUGAAAUGUACAAGAGCCCCAGCGGGGGGGCUCUUGUGCAUUUCAAAAUUUAACUUCUAUGGAGCUAUACCUCGCUCCUAGACCUGGAAGGGACCUCGAGAGGUCAUCGAGUCCAGCCCCCUGCCCUCACAGCAGGACCAAGCGCCAUCCCUGACAGACUUGCCCCAGAUCCCUAAAUGGCCCCCUCAAGGAUCGAGCCCACAACCCCGGGUUUAGCAGGCCAAUGUACCAACCACUGAACGAUCCCGGCCCCCGAAAUGGAAGCGCAGCACGGAGCCUGGGGUCAGCAGCGGAUUCAGAGUCCUUGGGACUCCCCAGCUGAUCCCGGGCUCUGUGUGGCGCUGCCGCUUUAAAGUACCUCUCUCCCUUCCUCCCCCCGCUGCCUCUAUCCGAUGGGGCAGCAAGGGGAGGGAGCGACUGACUGACUCAACAGGCUGAUAAACAUUUGCUUAUCGGAUAGUCGACUAGUCCUUCACAUCCUUAGUUCAAAGCCAGGCACAGCUAGCUCGGUCCUCGGUCCAGGACACAGAGCCUGAAGCCCUAACUUCUGCCCCUCCUACUAACGACCCCUGCAGCUAACGACACGUGACACUCGUCCUGCUUACACAUCUGCCCGCCUCCCGCUUCUUAAUCAACCCCGGAAAGACGGACAAGAGCCUCCACUGUGUUUCUCCCCGUCCCACGCCGCUGCGUGGCACAAGCAAAGCAUCUUUGCACCCGCGUGUCCGUUCCUUUCCCGUUUGCAGCGUGGAGCAGACGGCCUGGCGGCUAGAGGCGUGUCCCUGCGCUUAGCUCGCCUACUUAGUCUGACACUCGGACGUACGAUUCCCCCUAAAGCGCUAAACGCUGCCCUGGUUUCAGACGUGACAGGCGCUUGCUGGUGUUUCUCGUUUCCAUUUGUACCUGCCCCUGCCUGUCUCGGAGAGCAGCUUCCCGCAUUUGCCACGGUUCCUUCCUGGCCUCAAAGGAGCAGCAAGCAGCUUCUCUCCUCGCGGGCGCCCAAGGGACGGAGAUUUCCAGAACUGCCUCCAGGAAGUCACAGGAGGCUCCUGCCUCCCUCCAGGCUCCCCCGCCGCUGGAGGAAAGGGUGGGGCUUUGCCGGCAGGUCGGGGCAGGC